AUGUCUUCGUCUUCGUCUCGCUCUUCGAGAAUCUCAAAAGCCUGGAAAAAAGAAUCAGAAAAGCUCACCACACGGGUAGAGACCGCCAGAGACAAGAUGAAGGAACUGGGGGAAGAACUAAACCACAGAAAUAUGUCCAGUGCAGAGUACUGGGAAAGAGCCAUGGAUUAUGCAGUUUUGGGUCGAUGGUUGUCCUUGUGCCAGCUCGAAAGAGCUGAAUACGACUUUCGUACCUUCUACAUCGACGAUCACGGACCCGAGGUCAAGUUCAUGAGAAUGGAUAAAGCACGGUUGUUCAGGGAGAGUAUGAUGGCUUGGGAUUUAAAGGGGAAGAUUUACGAGCGACGUGCUGCUGGAGCUGAAGGAGCUGAGACUGAAGAAAGCACCAGACUGAAGUCUCUCAUACCAGUUUCUCCCAUUCCUCCAUCGCGCUUCAACGUAGAAGCCACCUUCGCGCCCCACGGUUUCAGAAACUCCAUCAUCGCAGACCAAGGAAUGGUAGAUCCCAGGGAAAAACACAAUCGCAGAUACUGGAGUUAUCUUUGGAACAUCUUCUCCGGAACCUACGAAUACGGAGGCUAUCGGCGGUUUGAAGCUUUACCUGUUUUCGCCUCUCAGUCCAACCCAGACCUUGCUACCGCAUUAUUCGGUUCCAGCAACAUCGACUCCUCUUCCUCUCUCUUCUCAUCGUUCAACGGACUUCUCCUACCCGAUUACAUGGGAGCACGCUUCGACAGUGGUAUCAUGGCCAUCGUUCCCGAUAUCUCCUCUCCCACGUACCCCUCCGAAAUAGCAUUGUGGAAAGACACCACGCCAAGAGAAUACAAACUCAAGAUCUUCGCGCAGAAUCGAGAGACCGAACAGACGGGUGGGCUGAUGCAAGAUAUCAAUUCCUUUACAAAUGCCCGUAGGCCGGUUCCACUCCGCGAUAUCGACGGAUCGAAAGUAGGAUUUCCUGCCUCUGGCCAGGAAGGUAGACCGAAGGAGUGUUAUCUUUUCUUCCAUUAUUGUGUGCAGAUACUGCGGCAGGCUUGGAAGGGGAUUCCUGUAGUAGACGGGGAAAAACCUGGGUCCGAUUGGGGUGCUGUGGGGAAAUAUGUUGACCGUGAGCAGAUGCGUGCGGUUAUUGAUGAACUUGGGGGUGAGUAUGAGGGCUUGAUGGAGUGUGCGGGGGAUGGCGUUGGCGAUGGUGGAGGUGAUCGGUAUACGCUCCUUGAGGCACUAGCUGAGCAGGUCAUUGUCAGUAAUCAGAUGAACGGGAGGAGGGAUGAGUUAUAUGGCGAUGAGGAAGACGAGGAUAGCGAUGAACACGACUGCGACGACGAUUGGUGUCCUAUGAAGACGCCUUAUUAUAACCCAACUGAUAUAGCGAAUACGUCGUAUCGUCUGGACGAAUAG